AUGAGUCACAGUGUUAUGAUGCAGUUCCACAACACACAGCCACAUUUACCCACAGACUGAGGUACAGAACGAGAGGCCACCUCUGGCCCCCAGCAGCUAUCCAGCCUGCAGUCCCAGUCCUCAAACCCCCAACGACCCAAUCCCAUCCCCUUCCCAACUGAAGGAGCCGAAAGAGAAGAGAGAAGAGAGAGCAGAGGGAUUGAGAGAGAUAGACGGAGAUCUCUGGAGCAGACCUCAAGGUGAUUUCCAUUUUUAUCUGGUUCUCGUCUGGGGGGGCCCUGGCCGGGCAGCCCCCCCACACUUCUACCGUCCUGAAACACGGCUCUAGCCAAUCUGCUCCGCUGCUUUACCUGCGACCGUCUCUGCGGGGGCUGCACAGCACCAGCCCCUCCAGCCCGCCAGGGCAUCGUCCUCCAGCCCGUCAUGCCCAGCUGUGACCCUGGCCCGGCCCCUGCCUGUCUACCCACAAAGACUUUCCGCAGCUACCUGCCCCGCUGUCACCGCACUUACAGUUGUGUCCACUGUCGAGCACAUCUGGCCAAACACGAUGAGCUUAUUUCCAAGUCCUUCCAAGGGAGCCAUGGCCGGGCCUACCUGUUUAACUCCGUGGUCAACGUGGGUUGUGGGCCAGCUGAACAGCGCCUCCUGCUCACAGGACUCCACUCGGUAGCUGACAUUUUCUGCGAAAGCUGCAAGACCACCCUGGGCUGGAAAUAUGAACAAGCCUUUGAGACCAGCCAGAAAUACAAAGAAGGGAAGUACAUCAUUGAGAUGUCACACAUGGUGAAGGACAACGGCUGGGACUGAGGGGGGACUCAGCAGGCUGGGACCCUCCUCCGCAUGCCCCACCUUCCUCACACCAGUCCCCUGGCCCUGUGAGCAGUCCACACCAGCAUGAGUACUGCCCACCCCUGGGGAAACCUGGCUCCAAAUGACCACCGCCUCCCCUCCCCCACCGCAGCAGCACCAGGUCCCCUCGGAACAGGAGCCUGCGAUACCCCAGGGGUAGUGAAGGCUCAGGAGCGGGUAGCGUCAGGGAAAUACGAAACUGGGGAGAGGAGAUGCUUGCGGCCCUGAAAACAGUGAUGGCAGGGUGUGAACUCAGGCAGAUAGGACUAGGAGUUAUCAAACUUUGAUCCGCCUUUUUUUGAAUAACCAGGACAAAUCCUGGUGGUGGGGCUAGACCACAGAAUAGCAAAGACUUAGGUUGGAGUGAAAUUUUGGUCUCAGAUAUCAGGGCCCCAGAGUCUGAGGGUAGUUUACUCAACCCCAUUCUUGGUUUAAGGAAAGAAAAAAAAAAAAAAAAGGCCUAGAGAUGGGGCCAAUAGAAGGAAAAACACAAACCCUAGACCCUGGGAAAUCAGUUGCAGGGGUUCCCAUUUCACUCCGCUGUUUACCUUGGCACUACAGAGGCACUUUUAAGUAUCUAAUCUUUGCCAUUGGGUGGGGUGGGGAAAGCUGCCCCAAGAACAGCCCCCACCCCGGCUGGCUGUUGCCAGAGAGAGCAGUCUUUACUUACGGGCAUUCCCCAAGGCUCAGCCACUGCUCCCUGGGACCCAGUCCCUUGGAGGCGGUGGAUCAUCGGCGCUGCGGGACCAGUCUUUCCAGUGACUGCCACCAGCGAACGAAACUUUUGUAUGAUAUAUAAAGUGUUUGGGUCUAUUUUUAAUAAAAAGGGGAAAAGCAA